AUGUCCAAGUUGCUAGCGGAGUUGCUCCUCCUGUUUGCGUUCUUACAUGGGGGUGGAAGGUUGGCCCUGUCGGUGGGUAUACGCCAAAAGGGGCCACGCCUUACUAGUCGUUUAAACGAAGGGAGGAGCAUCCCCCGUGGAGAAGCAACAAGGGGGACAAAAUAUAUAGUGAACACAUAUCAGCGGGGGAGAAGGCGAAAAAAAAGAGGAAAAGAAAAUUUCUUCAUUGGAAUUAGUGGCACCCCCGGAGGAAGUCGUAAAGAGGUUCAUGAGCGAAGAAAGAACAAAAGAACCUUCCUGUUCGACGAGGGAGAGAACGAACGCAUGGAACCCGUGGAUCCAGAAUUGCAUGAGAGUCUAAGCGGGUGCAUCGAAAACGAAAUAAAGGACAACUACUUUGAUUCGAUGAUUGAGUGCAGCGAAGACGACUACCACUCGGAGGACGUCCACUACGAAGCAGAUGACUUAAGUGAAGAAACAAAAAGGAAAAAGUACCACACGUAUGGAAGGAGGUUUGCAGAUAAAGAUUUUGGAGGAGAUCACGUGCACAAAUAUUACGAACAUUUACCCAUAUAUUACGAUGGAGAAAACGAUGGGCCGAUGAAAAAAUUCAAAAGAGUUUACAAUGCAAACAAGAUAGAAAAUCUGGAGAGGAAUAUUAGAGAAGAGGAUCUCUACUACCCGUCUGUUCCUGUGCACUGGAAAGUGUACGUCUGUCUUUUCUUAGACAAGAAGUAUAAUUACGAGAAUGAAAAUGAUGAACAAAUUUAUGAAAGGUUUAAUAAAAACGUUCGCCAUAGAUACGCCUUGGAGUUCCUCUCCUGGGUGAAGCUUUCCACGAGGAUAUACCAGAACACGUCCAAGGUGUUAAUGGUCUUCAAUUUAAAGAGGAAGGAAAAUAUUAUUGGCAAUCUGCUUUUCUUCACGUCCGUAAAUUUGCACUACGCAGAUAUGUUUUUGAAAUCCAACCCUUAUGUGAAGCUGGGACUGUGUGAGGAACUAUACUUAUAUGCCUACGAACAGAACAGUGACCACUUCUUACUGGGUAUCUUUCCCAACUUGUUCCUACAGAAAAAUUAUUUAUUUCUAAAAUUUUUUAACCAGGACAAACUGGACCACAUGAACGCACUGUAUGAAAAGCACAUGCGUUUUUUUAUUCGUUCUAAUAUGGUUUUCAAGUUGGGUGUUUUGAAACGGGCCGCAAAGGAUAAUUUGAAGGAUCUGUUUUUGACUCCUAAGCAGUACUUGCCUAUUACGGAGGCCCAGACGAAGAGCGUGCUGGCCAAGUUCGACCAGGAGAUGGGUGCCUACGAUCGUUGUUCUUCCGUGGAGGUCGACUCGGAUAGCAGUAUUCGUCGUGUUAACAGUGUCGACCAAGAUCCGAACGUAGCCAAUGAGGCGGAAACCACGUAUUCGGAUAACACCUCCAAUAGUGAUAACGCCACUGAUGCUCGUGAUGACGCUGCUGGUGGUGCCCCCCUCGGGAAGUUCGCACGAUACUGCCUGGCCGAGCUGACCAUUGCCAACUGCAGGGACGAGGAAGAGGCACGCGAGUUCCUGGAGAAGGACCCCUACACGAGGUCUUGCCUCUACGAAAGCAUCUUCUUUUGUGAGGUGCGUGAAGUAGCGCCGCACGUGCAGUACGCAGAGGGUUACAUCCCGAAGGUAAAGAACUACCUGGACUACAACCACGAAGUGGAUACAAACUUAAACCCCAUCUACGACCUGGAGGAGAAGCCCGAAUACAUGGAGAACAGGAGCCUCGCCCAGAAGAAGUUCGCAAAUCACGAAAAGGUGGACAUGGAUAUUUUAGACACCUUUAUUAAGUUGAAGUAUACGAACAAGGAGGUAGAAUGUCAAGAGGGGGCACCGGACAAAGAUCUCACAGCAGCAGAGUAUGCUUCCGACACUGAAGCCGAAUCGGUCUCACCCCCAAUGACGCUCUGCAAACCGAGGAAGAAGCAAAAGAAGAUGGGUAAACGGUACAGGGUAAAAAUUGUUGACUACGAUAACGACUACAUGGAAUACCUGUGCAAUGUUCAGAACAAUAAAAUCAUGCAUGUUAGGAAGAAGGAGAGGAAUUCCCCUCAGGAUGAGGUAACCCCCUGUUUGUCCAGAGACAUUUACGACGUCCUGGUGGAAGACAUGAGGAACCCAAAAAUUUACCGGAAAAAGGACGUCAUCUUAGUGGAUAACACUCUCCAAUUUUUCGACCACAUUUUUUUUAAAGAUUAUCUCUCCAACUUUGUAUACAUUUCUCUCCCACCUGGUGAAUUCAUCGAAGAACCAUAUGCCAUAAAAGAUGAGAAGAAUUAUGACUUUACCAUUUUCAACAAUUCGCUAGCUAGCCAGGAGGACUUCCUAAAGAGACAGAACUACCAACCGAGGUUCCUAAAGGGCAUUUGGCUGAAAAAAGAUCAGUCGAAAAUUUUAUUCUACGACAAACAGAACAACGCACUCAUGUAUGGCACAGGAAUUGACAAAACCUUUUCCUGGGAUAAGAAGGUUAACCCUCGUAUUAUGAAGAGGGCACUAAUAAAUAUGGAGAUCGCUUUGGAAAAAAUUCGACAGGGCAGCUGCGUCGUGAAUGACGAUAUUACGGUGAACCAGGAAACUGAACGAACGAUAAAGGAGUACACGGAUGAGUACACCUCGUUCGAGCGGCGGUUCACUGCACCGCAUAACCAACUGGUUUCAUCGGACGGUUACCCGGAUUACAAGCCCCCCCCGGGACUGGAAUACCUGAACCCGCACAUCUGGGAGAAGACGCCCGAGGAACACAAGGAGCUCGUGCUGGACACGGAGCGGGUGCAGAAGAUCCAUUCCAAGUUUCUGAAAAAGCUGGAACUGUAUAAAGCGUCGAUUGACGACGACCCCUUCACGCAGGAGGUACCCACGGAGAGCGACAUCCUGGGGAAUUCCAACAUGGUGCAGGUGGAGUACCUGUGA